AUGGAAGGCGAGGUCACUUCUGCCGUCCCGACUACAGAGCAGCCUGCGGCGCAGGGUGCCGGCUACCAGGGCGUGGUGCCCCGCAAGCGCAUUGGAACGCAAGCCGAUGUGCAGCGAUUCCAGGCCAGCCCCACGUAUAAGCUCCUGCAGACAUGGCUGCACGCCCUCAACAAGGCCACACUACGGAAAUCCAACACCGCUCCCGCUGUCCUCUGCCCCGCGGUCGAGGGCGCCCUGGCGCUGUUGGAGCAGGUGGACAAGCUGGUAGAUGAAACGCCACCCGAAACCGGCGAGAUGCGGUUCGGCAACAAGGCCUUCCGCACCUGGCACGCCAAGCUCGCCGCUGCUGCGGAGGAGCUGCACAAGCUGGUCCUGCCCGAGGAAAAGGCGGGAGCGACGCAGGAGCUGGUGGCCUACCUGCUCGACAGCUUCGGCAACGCGGUGCGCAUCGACUACGGGACCGGGCACGAACUCCACUUCAUCAUCUGGAUGUACUGCCUCCACGCCCUCGGGCUCGUCCAGCAGGAGCACCUCGCCGCUCUCGUCACCCGGGUCUUUGCCCGCUACCUCACCCUCGUGCGUAAGGUCCAGCAGACCUACGGGCAAGAGCCGGCGGGCUCGCGAGGCGUCUGGUGCCUCGACGACCACCAGUUCGUGCCCUUCAUCUGGGGCGCGGCCCAGCUCAUCGACAACCCGGAUAUCCAGCCGGGCUCGAUCAUGGACAAGGAGCUGGUGGCACGCCACGCCGACGAGUACCUCUACCUGGGCUGCAUUCACUACAUCCACAUGGUAAAGAAGGGUCCGUUCUUCGAGCACUCGCCCGAUCUCUACAACAUCAGCGGGGCGGCGUCGUGGGAGAAGAUUAACAAGGGCAUGUUCAUGAAGUACAACCAGGACGUGCUCUCCAAGCUGCCCGUCCUCCAGCACAUGCUCUUCGGCUCCCUCUUUCCCUACGCAUAA